UCUCUCAAGUUUUAAAAUGUAAAAUUUAAGCACAAAUAUAAUGUGCAUGAAAUUAUUCAAUUAAUGUUACUGAGAUGCUAUCUAACAACUAACUAGAUAGCUAACGUUAACUGACUUAGCUAUCUACAGUAGCCAAAUGAGACAGACAACCCACGACGAGCACUCUUCUGCUACUGCUGGCAAAACCGGCAAAUUAUUAUUAUGAAGCAAAUUACUUCUAGACCAGACAUAUGUCAAUGACUAGUUUCAAUUCUCCCCUCUGUUAGACAGUUUAAACUCCUAGGUGUCUUCAUGGAAGAAUCCGAAUGCCCACUCUCGGUGUGGAAUCUUAUCGUGGAGCAAGUCCCGGCGCCAGAGCCCCCAGACAUCCGGGGCAUGUUUGGAGAUGCUUUGAUUGACAUGUACACAGAGAUUCAUACUGAGGUCACUAUGUGGCAGCAGAUUUGGCAGACGGUGCGCCAUAAACUGGGUAACAGGCUGAAGACACCUCACUCCCCCCUGGCUGACCCCCCUGCCAUCAAGGAGCUGCUGAAAGCUGAGAUCCAACUGCUGCUGGGGACCGUGAGAGAGAGAGCAGCCUUGGAGGGCAGGGAUGGAGAUGCAGACAUAUUCYGGUACAGUCCUAGUGUGGUGAAUUACGCCUUGGGUGUCCAUAACAACCGUUGUGAAUAG